AUGGACCAGCUCAGCAGUACCUCUGCAAAACCCUGCUGCAGGGGUGCUGUGUGCUGGUACCCCUGGCUGCAGACGUGGCUAGUGACCACCCUCACCGAGCAACUAGUGCAGGGUGACAGGGCACAGGCUGCCUGGAUUGGGGGUAUCCGGGCUGGCUCUGUCACAUCCUGUGGGAACCAGGUGCAGGCCAGUUGCCACUGGAUCGCCUUCAGUGCCGAGGCAGUGGGUGUGCUGGGCAUCGUGCCGCUGGAGGGCGAGGAUGGAGGCAAGAGGACCGUGUCUCAGCUCUGCUGCCACUCAGAUGUGGUGACGGAUUUCGACUUCUCACCCUUCGAUCAGCUCCUGCUGGCUACAGGCUCUGCUGAUGAGACGGUGAAGCUGUGGCGCCUGCCAGGGAGCAGCCAGGACGUGCCCAGCAGCGCGGGGCUGACGCUGGGGCCCGCUGAGGGGCCCGUGGACGUGCUCAAGUUCCACCCCACGGCAGAUGGUGUCCUGGCCAGCGGCGCCGGGAAGCAAGUCACCCUCUGGGACCUGGGACAGCAGCAGCCACUGGACAAGAAACUGCGGAUCUUUGACCCCCGAGCCAGCCCAGCUGCCUCCCAGAGUGUCCCAGGACAUGAGCACAACAAGGACUCCCGGCUCCUCUGGAUGGGUUCCAGCGAUUGCCUCAUCUCCGUCGGGUUCAGCCAGAUGCGGGAGCGGGAGGUGAAGCUGUGGGACACGCGGCGGCUGCACGGGGCGAUGUUUACCGCCUCACCUGGGGUGGCCAUUCCGCUGUACGACCCUGACACCGGGCUGCUAGUGCUGGCAGGGAAGGUGGGUCCCACGGCAGGGGCAGGGGGGCACAGUGGGGUGCGGGGGGCUGGAGCGGGGAGCAGAAGGGUGCAGGGGGUCACCCAGUGCCGGACAGAGGGCAGCACAAGGGGCCUGGCCACCGUGCCACGCCUGGCCCUGGAUGUCAUGGCCUGUGAGGUGCUGCGUGUCCUGCAGCUCACCGACACUGCCAUCGUCCCCAUCAGCUUCCUGGUGCCACGGCCCAGCUCCCGCUUCCGGCACGCGCAGGGCCGGGUGCUGCACCGGGACACCCACCUGAGCAACCUGCGGGGGCUCAGCCUCACCACGCCGGGCGAGAGCGACGGCUUCUGCGCCAACCCCCGCCGCGUCGCCCUGCCCCUGCUCUCCGCCGGGGGGCAGAUCGCCGUCCUCGAGCUCUCCAAGCCCGGCCGUCUCCCCGACGCAGCCCUGCCCACCAUCCAGAACGGCGCGGCGGUUGGCGACCUCUGCUGGGACCCUUUCGACCCGCGGCGCCUUGCUGGACGUCACACGGAGAAGAUCUACUCCAUCCGUUUCCAUCCCGUGGCAUCCGACCUCCUGGUUUCGUCCUCCUAUGACAUGACGGUGCGGAUCUGGGAGCUGAGCAGCGGGCAGGAAGCCUUGUGCCUGCAGGGACACACAGAUCAGAUCUUCAGCCUGGCCUGGAGUCCUGAUGGGAAGAAGCUGGCGACGGUGUGCAAAGACGGUCGGUUACGACUCUAUGAGCCCCGGAGCAGCCCCCAGCCUCAACAGGAGGGUCCAGGUCCCGAGGGGGGCCGUGGAGCACGCCUGGUGUGGGUUUGUGGUGGCGAUUACCUGCUGGUGUCUGGCUUUGACAGUCGCAGCGAAAGGAAGAUCCUCCUGUACCAGGCACAGGCUCUGCCCGAGGGACCCUUGUCUGUCCUCAGCCUUGACGUGGCCCCAUCCACCCUCCUGCCCUUCUACGAUGAGGACACCAGUGUUGUCUUCCUCACUGGCAAGGGUGACACCAGAGUCUCCCUCUACGAGGUGACACCCAAGCCCCCCUAUUUCCUCGAGUGCAACAGCUUCACCUCCAACGAACCCCACAAGGGCUUUGUCUUCCUGCCCAAAACCAUGUGUGAGGUGCGGGAGGUGGAGUUUGCCCGGGCGCUGCGCCUGGGGCAGAGCACCCUGGAGCCGGUGGCUUUCUGUGUGCCACGUGUCAAGAAGGAGUAUUUCCAGGAUGAUAUCUACCCCCCAACCCGCGUGUGGUGGGAACCAGCCCUGGGUGGCCGUGCCUGGCUGGCAGGGCAGGAUGGGCAGCAGCUCCGGGCCAGCCUGCAGCCACCUGACAUGACACCAGUGAGCCAAGCCCCCAGAGAAGCUCCAGCACGCAAGUUCGUCCCUGCAGCUGUGUACCUGGAGGAGAAGUCUGACGAGCAGAAGAAGGAAGAG